GCUGCACCGCGUUGCACUCUCCGCGUCGGGGCUGAAAGAGCGAGCGAUCCGUCACCGGGGAAAAACAGAGGGAAGGUGAGAGAGACAAAGAGACAGUCGUCAAAGCGGCGGGAAACGUGGGUGGAAGGAGAGAGAGAGAAGAGACUCGAGAAAAAGGUGCGGAAGGUGCAGCACGCGGGAGGAACGGCUCUGCCUCGUAGGUUAUGUUGUGACGAGCGCGGGUGCGUGACGUGCGUCUGGCCCUCGUUCCUGCGUUCGCGAGAUACAAGGGGUAGGUUAACAGGCGCGGCAUGCGGAGCUUGGCCGCAGCGGCCUGAUCGAAGGCGCACCCGGCGAGAAGAGGAGACGAGGAGACGAUUACUGUUGGACGCUCGUUCGCGCGCGGCGCGACACCAGCCCGCGGAGGUUAUGACGUUACGCUGCGCUCAGCCACGGCCGUCCGACGGCCCCGGGGACUCGUGACACGCGGCGCCCGCAUCUCCCGGCGAGGAGGAUGGAGAGGCCGAACUCGAAGGAGACCAUCAACCUGCUCGACCUGCUGUCGGAGAGCGACUCCGACAGCGCCGACCUGAUCAUCCCGCCGCAGAAGAAGAAGAAGGUCAAACGGCGGCACAGAUCGCGGAUCUUGACCAGGAGCCGGCACAGCGACGGCUGCGGCUGCAACAGGUCGGACAUGCGGAUCGUAUCCCUGUGGCUGGCGGCGGUGUUAAUUACGUUCUGGCUGAUCGCUCUGUCCUGGCUGGCGGCUAUACUGUACGGCGAGAUCAAGAAGAUGGACACGUCCAUCAAGUCAGACGUACGCAAAUUGUGCAUCUUGAGAAAAGUUACACUAAACGGUCAGGGAAAACCUAAUUCCAGCUCCUGGAAGACCUGAAAAGAGCCAGAGAAUUGUUUUCAUUGAGUUUGCCUGGACACCCUGUCUCGGUAAGUGGCGAUCGGCUGCUCGGAAUUAAACCAGGAAAGGUUCUAAUUAAACGAUAUUAAGCGAGUAAGAAAGGUUCUAAUUAAAUCUGUUUGCUUCGACGUACGUAGGCUUAG